CGCAAACCCACGCAAACACGAACAGGGUUUUGAAUUCUCCGGGGCCUGCUGGAUCAAUGAUUAGCGUGUGUGGUGAUGGCUGGUGACAGUGAUCGCACGGAGCACCGCCUCUAGUGCCUGAUCUGGACGGUCAAUGCUGUGAGCAACGAGUCCGCCAAGCUGCUAUACAGCAUUUUGAGACCGUUAAGUAUGAGAACGCAGGGUAGAAUGAUGAAGGCAUACCAUACGAUCUCCGUCGACAUCCUUGCGAUCGAGUGCAAACAUUGAUCAUGGCCGCCCCCAUUAGCACCACAUUUAUCGGAUGUGUUGCCAGCAACACCACUAUCCAGACCAUUUGCUGCUCCGAGCUAGGAAGCAACAUCACGACUGCCAACGGUACGACUGGAUGCCCCUUCAACACUGUCUUUCAACAAUGCGGAGCGGAUGGAUCUAAUGCCGGCAACGAGAACUGGGUUCAAUGCAGCUUGAAGUACGAUGUCACCAAAACGUCGAUUUCCGCAUGCAAGGAUUGCGCAGACAAUUCGGAGAACGGAGCAGGAGGCAUAGGAUUGCCUUGGCAGCUGUUGUUGCUGAGCUUGGCUUCGAUAGGAGCACAUGCAGUAAUUGGGCUAUGAGAAGAGUGGUCAGAGAGGGGGGCGAGGGGCGUGGACACUGGACACUGGAAUAGUCUUUCCGUCUAGAAGAAAAGAAAGAGAGCUGGACUGCUGGUAUGAAACGACAGUCAAGGAAGGCAUCUGUUGUGACGUUGUGAAGAUCGUGAUGUAUGCCGAGAUUGCAUUUGGGCUAGCUCCGGUACCGAAUCAUUGAAUAUUACUGUUGCGGC